CCUGUAACCCUUGAAGGGCAAAAUAUUUCCCUUUUCUCCAUUCUCUGUGUCUCUUUCUGUCAGUUCACUGGACCUGAGCCCUGAAACAAACCUCUAUAGACGACACUCCCACUCGGAUUUUUAAGAGUUAUCUUGCCUGUUUUCUUCCAAAGCCUACAAAAAGAUGCAAACUAUCAGGUCUUUGUUCAAUCCCAAGUGGUCGUCAGAUGUUCGUCUUGAGGGGAAGACGGCCAUAGUAACCGGGGCAAACACUGGAAUAGGCAAAGAAACAGCUAAAGACCUAGCAGCUAGAGGUGCUAGAGUGAUUUUGGCAUGCCGAGACACAGCGAAAGGAGAGCAGGCGGCAUCUGACAUCAUGAGGGAAGUGAACGGAGCUAAAGUGGUUGUCAGGCUGCUAGAUCUGGCUGACACCAAGUCCAUAUGCCUGUUUGCUGAGAAUAUCUACAACACUGAGAAGACCCUGGACUACCUUAUCAACAAUGCAGGCGUUGCCAUCUGUCCUUAUGCAAGGACAAUGGAUGGGUAUGAGAUGCAGUUUGGAGUCAAUCACUUAGGUCAUUUCUUCCUGACUUUCCUGUUGCUGGACCUGCUGAAGCACUCUGCCCCGUCCCGGGUCAUCAACGUGUCAUCCACAGUUCAUGCCAUGGGCAAGAUCAAGUUUGAUGAUCUGAAUGGGGAUAAAGAUUACCAUCCCGUCAGGGCCUAUGCUCAGAGCAAGCUAGCUAACGUGCUGUUUACCAGAGAGCUUGCCAAAAGGACUGAGGCUCUUGGUGUGAUGGCUUUUUCUGUGGACCCUGGCAUGGUGAACACCGAAAUUACAAGGCACAUCAGGCGCCCUCUUGUGGACAUAGUUAAGAUCUUCAGUUUCUUGAUCCGAACCCCAGCAGAGGGAGCGUCCACCUCUAUCUACUGCAUCGUUACACCAGAGAAUGAGAUGCUCACCGGCGGAUUCUACAAGGACUGUGCCAGAGCAGACAGCUGCAGGGCAGGUGAAGAUGAUGGCACAGCUUUGAAGCUGUGGGCUGUGAGCUGCCACCUGCUGGGCAUCCGCUGGAGAUAAACAAAUCUGACUGCACUGUGCAGCAACAUUUAUAUACGCUUCAGAAAUACCCUUUUCAUCUUGUGAUCAAAAUGUUAAAAUCAGCUGAACAUUAUCCAUGUCCCUGACAUGUAAGAUAACUUGGCCUACAACAAAAUCACUGUUUAAGUUUGAGUCUUUAGAUAACUUAUAAAAGAUACACGAUUAGAUAAAAUGACAGGGCAUAAUGGCCAGAAGAUGGAUAAAAUAAAAGCUACCAUACUUGUGCGCUUGUAUUUUUUAUUUUUUUAUUGCCAUCUUUGCUGUCCCACUGGAGCUUUCGCUUCUUUCAUUGCUAGCUAGCAUUAUUUUGAUGUAUUUAAUGUUAUGAUGUAUUUAUUAACAUAAACUGUAUCACUGAAUCACCAA